UCUCCUGCUGUUCUCAUCUCUCUCGCACACGCACACACGCCGAUCCUGAUGCUGGAGUCAGAGCAUCACCUGCAGUGAGAAGCGCUGGAGUCCCGGAGCAGCUCUCACAGCCGCUAUCUGGAUGUCCAUGAAAGGCAGAGGAUCCAGAUACCAGAAAAGAGUGUCGUUUUCUGAGGAUGAAGAUGAGCAGUGCUGGAAAGAGGAGAACGGCGGUGUGGACGCACAUCACCUGAAAUCCGUCAAGACGGUCAGAGAAUCAUCGGGAUAUUACCGGUACAACAUGAAAUCCUCAGAUACUUUCCCUCAUCGCAGGAUGACCCUACCGCGGGAAAAGGGCCGACGACAGGCGGUUCGCGGACCGGCGUUCAUGUUCAACGCCCGUGGCAGCAGCCUCACGGCGGAGGAAGAACGCUUUUUGGACGCAGCGGAGUACGGCAACAUUCCGGUAGUCCGGAAGAUGCUGGAAGAAUCACCCACGCUCAACGUGAACUGCGUCGACUACAUGGGACAGAAUGGGCUACAGUUGGCCGUCGGCAACGAACACCUGGAGGUCACUGAGCUGCUCCUGCGGCGAGACAACCUGGCCCGUGUCGGGGAUGCGCUCCUGCUGGCGAUUUCUAAAGGUUACGUGCGUAUCGUGGAGGCCCUGCUGGGACAUCCGUCCUUCGCUGGUGGCGAACGACUCACCCGCAGCCCCUGCGAGUUGCAAGACGACGACUUUUACUCAUACGACGAGGACGGCACGCGGUUCUCGCCCGAUAUCACACCUAUCAUCCUGGCCGCCCACUGCCAGAAAUACGAGGUCGUGCACAUGCUGCUGAUGAAGGGCGCCAGGAUUGAGCGGCCGCACGACUACUUCUGCAAAUGCGCCGACUGCACGGAGAAGCAGAGGAAAGACUCGUUCAGCCACUCGCGGUCCAGGAUAAAUGCGUACCGUGGACUGGCCAGUCCGGCCUAUCUCUCUCUGUCCAGCGAAGACCCCGUCCUGACCGCACUGGAGCUGAGCAAUGAGCUUGCCAAACUCGCCAACAUUGAAAAAGAGUUUAAGGAUAAAAAGAACCGUAAUAAAGAGACAUCGCAGCAAAAUGGCUUCUUUCUGAAUGACUACAGGAAGCUGUCUAUGCAGUGUAAAGACUUUGUGGUUGGCGUUUUGGAUCUGUGCAGGGACACGGAGGAAGUGGAGGCCAUCUUGAACGGAGAUAUAUCCGCCGAGCUCGAGGAAGGCCAGCAUCAUCGCUCCCUGCUCAGCCGGGUCAAACUGGCCAUUAAAUACGAAGUUAAGAAGUUUGUGGCUCAUCCGAACUGUCAGCAGCAAUUGUUGACGAUCUGGUAUGAGAAUCUCUCCGGGCUUCGCGAGCAAACCAUCGCAGUGAAGUGUCUGGUGGUUUUGGUGGUGGCGCUGGGACUUCCUCUGCUAGCUGUGGGGUAUUGGUUUGCCCCGUGCAGUAAGCUUGGCAAAAUACUACGCAGUCCUUUUAUGAAGUUCGUUGCUCAUGCAGCCUCCUUUAUCAUCUUCCUGUGUCUGCUGGUGUUCAACGCAUCCGAUCGGUUUGAAGGCAUCACCACCCUUCCCAACGUCACUGUCACUGACCACCCGCUCCAGAUCUUCAGAGUCAAGACCACACAAUUCACCUGGACAGAAAUACUGAUCAUGGUCUGGGUAGCAGGAAUGAUGUGGUCGGAGUGUAAAGAGCUCUGGACAGAGGGUCCGAGGGAAUAUAUCAUGCAGCUCUGGAACGUUCUGGAUUUCGGCAUGCUCUCCAUCUUCAUCGCAGCAUUCACUGCCCGCUUUUUCGCCUUCAUGCAGGCCAUGAAAGCCCAGGAGUAUGUGGAUGAGAAGAUCCACGCUCCAGAUCUCUCACUGGUCACGCUGCCACCAGACAUCAAAUAUUUCACAUACGCGAGAGACAAGUGGCUUCCAUCAGAUCCUCAGCUGAUCUCUGAGGGUCUGUACGCCAUCGCUGUGGUCCUGAGCUUCUCUCGCAUCGCCUACAUCCUCCCAGCCAACGAGAGCUUCGGCCCGCUGCAGAUCUCCCUGGGUCGCACGGUGAAGGAUAUCUUCAAGUUCAUGGUCCUCUUCAUCAUGGUCUUCCUUGCAUUCAUGAUUGGCAUGUUCAUCCUCUACUCCUACUACCUGGGGGCAAAGGUUAACCCCGCCUUCACCACGGUUGAGGAGAGUUUUAAAACUCUCUUUUGGUCCAUAUUUGGGCUCUCUGAAGUGUCCUCUGUGGUGUUGAAAUAUGAUCAUAAAUUCAUUGAAAACAUCGGCUAUGUGCUGUAUGGGAUCUACAAUGUUACCAUGGUGGUGGUUCUGCUCAACAUGCUUAUUGCCAUGAUAAACAGCUCGUACCAGGAAAUAGAGGAUGAUGCAGAUGUGGAGUGGAAGUUUGCUCGAUCUAAACUCUGGUUGUCGUAUUUUGACAACGGCAAGACUCUCCCACCUCCGUUCAGCAUCGUCCCCAGUCCGAAGUCCUUCUAUCUGUGUAUCAAGAGACUGGUCAAUCUGCUCCGGUGUCGCCGGCGCCGCCUGAAAAAAGACGUGGAGCUGGGCAUGGACAAUUCAAAGUCCAGACUGAACCUCUUUACCCAGUCGAGCAUGAGGAUGCCGGACUCUCACAGCUUCAACAGCAUCCUAAAUCAGCCCACACGCUAUCAGCAAAUUAUGAAGCGUCUCAUCAAACGCUACGUACUGAAAGCACAAGUGGACAAAGAAAAUGAUGAAGUGAAUGAAGGUGAGCUGAAGGAGAUCAAGCAGGACAUUUCCAGUCUGCGAUAUGAGCUGCUGGAGGAGAAAUCUCAGGCCACAGAAGAGCUCUCACUCCUCAUACAGAAACUCAGUGACAAACUCAACCCGCGACCUGCCCAUCCGCACUGACCCAAAUCAACAUUGAAGCCAUUCUUGUAAAAUGCUCUCUUCUAUUCCACUUUAAUAU